UCUCACAGAAAUCGCCUUUCCUCAUCUCGCAGAAAUCGCCUACUGCCUUCACCUCUGUUCAUCUUCUUCCCAAAUUCUUCUUCUGAUGUAAAACAAUUCCAUGACCCAAGGGUUUAAUUCUAUACCGUUCCACUCCUCUCAACAUGGCGAGUAUUUUGAUCCGAUUGGAUUUCAGUUUUUAUCAACAUCGUUGAAGCAGCCUUGAUGCUCAAGGAAUCCGAGAGCAUGGUAACUACUUCAAAAAAACUUGAAGACAUUGUAUGAUAAUAUGACAGUGUUGAUAUACUGAUAUUGCUGUGUUUAUGAAUCCUGAAGUGAGAUUAGGACCCAUGUUGACUGAAAUGGUAAAAGAAAAGCUGAGUUUGGGGGCGAGAAUCCUUCAGGUUGGUGGAGUGGAGAAAGUGUUCAAGAAGAAGUUCAAAAUUGGUGACGAUGAAAAGUUGUUGAAGGCUUCUCAGUGCUAUUUAUCGACAACAGCUGGGCCGAUAGCUAGAGUACUCUUCAUUUCAAAUAAUAAAGUUGUCUUCUGCAGUGAGAGAUCCAUCAAACUCUCUUCUUCGACUGGAAAGCUACUCAAAGCACAUUAUAAGGUGAUCUGAGUUCCGAAUCGACUACUAUCAAACAACUCAAAUGAAUCCAGACCCCAAGAACUCCAAAGUCUUACCAUCAAACUUACCCAACUCGAAUGGUUGAAGGCACUCUCACUCAUUGUUCCCAGAUGAAGUCUUAGAGAAAUUCCUGUCACUCAUAGAUUCACACAAGGACAGGAACACGGUUUCCCUUGUCUGCAAAGACUGGUAUAACGCUUUUCUGAUUUCAAUAUGUUGCCGCGAGAAUAGGGUGCUAAUGUGCACUCCUCUGAAUUUUUCUCAAUUUUUAUGUGAUUUUUAGAAUUCAAAGUCGAUUCAAUUAUUGAUGGCUACUGUUUCGCCAUCAAUAAUUGUUGCCAUUGCAUGUGGUGCUAUGUAUCACUGCAGAAACUUUUCAGUCAAUUUUUGUAUACUCUGUACUCUUCUGAGACAUC